GUACAAAAUGUCAACCUUUCCUGCGUGUGCGGCUAAAUUAAAUUUAACGAUAUUCAAUCGCGUCAACAAAGGGUAAACAAUCAGUGUGCCGUCCCGGUGCGUGCGUAGUGAUUGUAGUAGUCAGACCGUCAAACUACAGAGCCAAACUACAUCCUUCCGGGUGCUUCCAUCCAUCCAGUUUUGCCCAACUUUCGCUCCACCAGCCAUGGAACCGAUGACGCUAGGCAGCCCAAGCGGCAGCUCACUUUCCGGUGCCGCCGGUGCCGGACCGGGCUAUCUGCCCUCCUUCCUGAUGGGCGAUCCGCCUAGCACACCGCGCCCGAACACGUUAUCACCGACCCGGGGUCGUUCCUCGUUGGCGUACUCGCACGGGCUGAUGAGCUCACCGCCGGACGGGCUACGUUCGCCGACCUUGCAGCAGCAACACCACCACCAGCAGCAGCAACAGCAGCAGCAUCUGCUGGGCCUUCAUCAGCAGCAGCACCAACAACAACUGUCCUCCUCGUUCAUGCAGCCGCAUACUCCGCAAGGUCAUCACGUUCCCCACUCACAGCGCUACCUCCAGAACCCGCAACCGGCGCAGACGGCAGCGGCGGCGGCGGCGGCGAACCAGUUCCGCAAUGAAUCGUUCGAUGCCAACUCCAGCAUCACCGGUCCACCAACGCAAGGGCUGUUCGACUCGUGGCGCAAGGAGAAGCAGCUGCUGCAGACACCGAUGCGCGCUCAGCAGCAGCAAUCCGGCCCGGGCAAUAAUCCAGCCGACCCAACGACGGCUGCGAUCGGACAAAGCGGUGCGCCCUUCAACGAGUCGUACGCCCAGAACCAGAGCGGAUUUAACCUGUCGCGCGUCAUGUCUCCAAUACCGGUCGAUUACAAUCAGCGGAACGUGAGCAUCACCACCUCACCGACCGGUGGGGCGCCCUUCGGCGGUCAGCAGCAGCAGCAAACGCAGGUGCAGCAGGCCGCCAAAUCCUCCAACUGGGUGACGGUGUUUGGCUUUCCGCAGAAUGCGGCCUCGAAAAUUCUGUCCCACUUCAUCGGCAUCGGCACGAUCGUGGACAAGCAGCCGGCACCGCAGAACGGCAACUGGGUGCAUCUGCGCUACAGCUCCCGGCUCGAGUGUGACCGGGCGCUCAACUACAACGGGCGCAUCAUCAGCGAGGGCCUGAUGAUCGGCGUCCAGUACUGCAACGAUCCGGCCAUCCUGGGGAAGGAGAACGAGGGCAACGAGUACAGCGAUGCGCAGGGCGUUUCCUCGCCGGACAAGCCGCUGUGGCGGGUGCGCUCCUUGAUGAACAUGUCGUACUCGGCGAUGCAGGACCCGCAGGCCGUCAUUUCGGCACCGCCGGUACAGAAGCGUGCCAACGGGAUCGUGAACAAGGCGAUGGACCUAUUUUUCGGGUGGUAAAACGGAGGGGGGUAUCCUGUAUUUUUUUCUUUUUGUUUUAUAAAGUGGAAGUCAUCAUCCUUGUUUUGUUUUGUGUAAGUUUCCUUGCGUGAUCGAAGGGAUUUAAAAACAAGCUGUAUACCGCACACACGGGGAAACAAUUAGAUGGAAUGAAAUUAAACUAAAUAAAAUUGUAUUUCGUAUGUGACAGAGGCCCUUGUGUCCGGCCCCGUAUUGCGUGGAGAGUGCACCAGGGCCCAGGCUAACUAA